AUGUCUCACAACCAAGCCAACGGCGGAAUCAACCCCGGCGCCCAGCGCGUCGUCGAUAGCAGCAAAGUCUGGACAACACUCAUCACGAACACCAACUACCUCUCGGGCCUUCUCACCCUCGAUGCAUCGCUCAAGUUCGUCGGAUCCAAGUAUCCGCUCGUCGCGCUCUACACGGAUACUUUUCCCGCAGAAGGCCAUGCAGCGCUGGAUGCGCGAAAGAUCCCCAAGAAGCGAGUGAACUAUCUCUUACCCAGUACGCACAAGGACUACACCAACGAUCCGCGCUUCUACGACUGCUGGUCCAAGCUGAACCCAUUCAGCUUGGUGGAAUACGAGCGUGUGGUGCAGCUGGACAGCGAUAUGCUGGCAUUGCAAAAUAUGGACGAGCUGAUGGAUAUUCCUCUGGAUGGGCGGGAGUUGGCAGGCAAAGGCCAGCGCGUAUUUGCGGCGAGCCAUGCUUGUGUGUGUAAUCCACUCAAGAAGCCUCACUAUCCCAAAGAUUGGAUACCGGAGAACUGUGCCUUCACUUCGCAGCAUACCAAACCAGACGAUGCGCAAGAGACAGGCGCUGGUCCAGCUGAGGGAUUGGCUAUGCCCAAUGGGGGUCUACAGGUAGUCGUUCCAAGCGAGGAGGUGUAUAACUUGAUCUGGACCAAGCUGCAGGACUCGAAUAUCGCGGAUUAUGACUUCGCGGACCAGAGCCUGUUGGGUGACUUGUUCUACGGACGCUGGGUAGCUCUGCCAUACACCUACAACGCGCUCAAGACCUUGCGGUGGAAGGGCGUGCAUGAUGCGAUAUGGCGGGACAACCGGGUGAAGAACAUUCAUUACAUACUUGCUCCAAAGCCUUGGGAUGAGACGCAAGAGGACAAGAGCCAGGCUGACAGAGACGCGAGCAACGAGUGGUGGUGGACGAUCAACGACAGACGGCUCUCAGAAGAGCAGGCAAAGGGAAUCAACGAUGGGUUCUAA